AUGUUGUCGACGUCGAUCGAUCCUCAGAAUAAUAGUCAUAACAGUAAUGGACGACCAUUGAGAAUUGUUUCAACAAAUCGACUCUUUACCAAAGUCAGAACUGAACAACCAUCAGAAUCUGUCUUACCUUCCAUAAUGGAUGCAACAAGUUUAUUUUCUGAUCAUCAUCAUCAUCAUCACCAUCAUCAUCAUCAUCUUGAUGUAUUUCAAAAAGAUGAAUCCAUACUUGAUGAAACAACAAUGAUAACAACAUCAUCAUCAUCACCUUCAUUUGCUGAUUUUCAUCGAAAUCUAUCAACAUCAACAUCAACUCUCUCAUCGCCAACAUCAUUUUCACCAUUACAACAUGAUCAUAGUUAUGGUGUAUCAGCAAAUUCUUCAUCAUUACUUCCAUCACCAUCAUCACCUGAUUUAACUGUUCAUAAUUCAACAAAUACAAAUACAAAUUCAUCUGUUGUUGUUACAUGGCCACAAAUAAAUUGUCGAGCAUUAAGACCAGAUGAUUAUCAUAUGUUAUUAGAAUUAUUAUCAUCAAAUACAAAUGCUGAUUCACCACCAAUAUUUUUCGGUUCAGCACUUAUUGAUCCAACAACACCAACACCCUAUUCCGAUGCAACACGUACACAACCAAAGAAACGUGUUCGUCCUGGUCAUGUUAAACGACCAAUGAAUGCAUUUAUGGUUUUCUCACAAAUUGAACGUCGAAAAAUGGUUCAACUUGCACCACAUUUACCUAAUGCCGAUAUUAGCAAAUGUUGUGGAGCCAAAUGGAAACGAAUGUCAUUACGUGAACGACAACCAUAUAUGGAAGAAUCUGAACGAUUAAAACAUCUUCACGCACGGCAAUAUCCUACUUACAAAUAUCAACCACGAAAACGCAGUAAGACUAAUCAAUCAGCAAAUGUAUCUUCAUAUCCAUCCCUAGCUGCUGCUUCAUCAUCAUCAUCACCACCUCCACCGAAUAUAAUGACAACAAUAUCUCCACAAAUAUCAAUUUCAACGAAAGAACAACCAGAAACACCACCCCCAUCACUUCCACAGCCGACAUCAUCAUCAUCGUCAUCAUCACUGCCAUCAAAUCCAAAUGAUCCAAUAUCAUUAUUAGUAGCAACAUUAUUCGAUCAAAAACUAGCAAUGUUUGCUAGUAAUCUUCAACAAUUUAAUAUUGAUCAUCUGCAAUAUCAUUUUACACCACCUAAUACUCAACUGUAUCCAACACCAACACCGAUGCCAUUUGAUCCUGUGGCUUUUCUUGCUAAACAACAACAACAUCGGCUUGUUUAA